AUAGAAUUUUAUACCUAUUUGGAUAGAAGUUUCUGUAAGCUGUUUUAGAAGGAUUAGUGUAUUGCCGAGAAAUCGUUCAAAGAUUUUACACAAGAAAAGUAUAAUACUUUUUUUUUUUUUUUUAAAUUUUGCAACGCCUUUUGAAAACCACCAAGUAGUUAUCAAGAAUAGUUAGAGAGGGUCAUCAUCAUGUCGUAUCGCCGUAGUCAAACAGUCUGUCGCUUCUAUUUGCUUGGCACAUGUCGUUUCGGUGAUUUUUGCCGAUUUUCCCACAAUGUGACACUAAAUACGUCCAGUUCCGGCUAUGAGAGUCCACAGAGAUCGGAAAUCGUGGAUGAUAUCGCAGAGGAGGAGGAGGUGGCGGAGGAGCAGGAUGUGGCCAGCACCAGCAGCUACAAUUGGCAAAAGAUCUGGGCAAAUGCACCGGUAUUCGUGCCUAGAUGCAAGAGUAUUCCUGCCGAGAUGCAAUCAACUGGCGACCUGGAGGAUAUCUGUCCAUAUGGCGGCACCUGUAACUGGGGCACUAAGUGCUUGUAUCCGCUUCACAUGGAGAUCUGUAAGAUGUGCGACCUGUACUGUCUUCACCCGAGGGAUAAGAAUCAGCGCCGUGAGCACAAUCGUGAGUGUCUGGAGCAGCACGAGCAGGCGAUGGAGUUUUCCUUUGCAAUAGCCAAUUCCAAGGACAAGACAUGCGGCAUUUGCUUCGAUACCAUCGUAGAAAAGAAGGGACGCGAACGACGCUUUGGCAUCCUGUCCAAGUGCAAGCACACAUUCUGUCUGAAGUGCAUUCGCACGUGGCGCCAGGCCGAGCAAUUUGACUCCACGGUGACGCGAGGUUGCCCCGAAUGUCGCGUCUGCUCGGAUUUCGUGUGCCCCAGCGCCUACUGGGUGGACACCAAGGAGGAGAAGGAUAAGUUGCUCAACGAAUAUCGCACGGCGAUGGGCGCCAAGGAUUGCAAGUACUUCAAGAUGGGCAUGGGCAAGUGUCCCUUUGGCAACAAGUGCUUCUACAGACACUCUCGUCGAUGUGGGAUUUAUCAAACAAAAUCGAAGGCCAUCGUAUCAGACUGAUGGCAAAGAAUGUAUAUAUUAUUAUGAUUUUAUGGAAUAUCAUCCCUGGCGUAUAAACUGGAUCGAAUGGAAUUCAAUUGUAUCGAUCUAUUUUCAAGUGGCUCAAGCGAUACUUCCAUUUCCAAACGAAACAGAUGAAGAUUAGAGGCAGCUUCUUUAGACGGCAGUGGGACAACGCUUCGUAAACUUGCUCAUGUCCUUGUCAGAGACUAAAAAUGUAUAACACUGAGCCCCACUGAAGUCCCAGACAUUUCCAUAUAGACCCAUCCCCAAAUAGCCAAAUAUAUAGACAUAUAUAUAUAUAUAUAGCAAUAUAUAAACUGUACAAAAUUAAACAAAUCAAGUAAUCGAGCUCCAAAUUUUGGGUUUCAUAAUUGUCUUUUCUGAACUUGAUGUUUUCAAAUUUUCCGUACUUGCAUUAAAUAAACUACAUUUGAUAGCCAAUAGUA